AUGAACAUACACAUGCUGUCACGACUAGUCAAGCCCCUCAGCCCAGAGCCGCCAGAGCCCCUCAGCCCAGAGCCGCCAGAGCCCCUCAGCCCAGAGCCGCCAGAGCCCCUCUGCCCAGAGCCGCCAGAGCCCCUCUGCCCAGAGCCGCCAGAGCCCCUCAGCCCAGAGCCGCCAGAGCCCCUCUGCCCAGAGCCCCUUAGCCCAGAGCCGCCAGAGCCCCUCAGCCCAGAGCCACCAGAGCCCCUCUGCCCAGAGCCGCCAGAGCCCCUCAGCCCAGAGCCGCCAGAGCCCCUCAGCCCAGAGCCACCAGAGCCCCUCUGCCCAGAGCCGCCAGAGCCCCUC